AUGGCAUUUUGGUCCAGCACUUCGGUUUUUACUUCUAAAGUGCCCCGGAAGAUCUUAUUCAUGUUCACCCUCUCCCUUUCUGUCACAUAUUUGUUUUAUAGCUUGAUGAGCUGUUACAACUCCUUCCAGUUCCAAGAGAACUACGUUUAUCAGGCUAGGCUGGUGACAGAGGAAACAACUUUUGUCACGCUAAGGGAAAAACUUUACCCGACUUCGUCCCAGGGCUAUUUCGACGAGGAAAUAAUAGAAAGCUCGGCGACGGAGCAAACUAUCGCCGUCUCGAGUUUGAGAAACAACGCGGGGCUCGAGGAGAGGACGGCGGCAUGGGCGCGAGUUCCGGCGGCUCCGACCAGCAGCGUUUCGGUCCACCAGCACCCUGAAUUCAGCACCACGGACAGCGAGCUCCGGAAAGUGGUGAACUGCACCUCGGAUUACGGGGAGAAAACAUUGCCCCAAGCCAUUAUAAUCGGAGUGAAGAAAGGGGGUACAAGGGCUCUGCUCGAAGCUUUGCGGGUUCAUCCCGACGUCCGAGCGGUUGGGAAUGAGCCGCACUUCUUUGACAGGAACUACGAGAAGGGUCUGGAUUGGUACAGGGAACUGAUGCCUUCUACUCUGGAGGGCCAGAUCACAAUGGAGAAGACGCCCAGCUAUUUUGUGACAAACAGCGCCCCAAAGCGAAUUCACUCAAUGGCGAGAGACAUUAAGCUAAUCAUAGUGGUGCGCAAUCCAGUGACCAGAGCCAUUUCAGACUAUACUCAGACACUCUCCAAGAGACCAGAGAUUCCUACCUUCGAAGUGCUGGCCUUCAAGAACCGAACACUAGGACUGAUUGAUGCGUCAUGGAGUGCAUUGCGAAUAGGGAUCUACGCACUUCACCUGGAGAGCUGGAUGCAGUAUUUCCCCCUCUCGCAGAUGCACUUUGUCAGCGGAGAGAGGCUUAUCGUUGAUCCAGCAGGCGAGAUGGUGAAAGUACAGGAUUUCCUGGGACUCAAGCGAAUUGUUACAGACAAACAUUUCUAUUUUAAUAAAACCAAGGGAUUCCCAUGCUUGAAGAAACCAGAGGACAGCAGUACCCCACGAUGCCUUGGCAAGUCCAAGGGCAGAACUCACCCCAAAAUAGACCCUGAUGUCAUUCGCAGACUGCACAAAUUCUAUAAGCCCUUUAACAUGAUGUUCUACCAAAUGACAGGGCAAAACUUUCAAUGGGAAUUGGAGGAGGAUGGUAACUCACCUGGUUUCCGCGACUAA